AUGAAUCACAUCAGAGCAACACGGUCGAUAUGGAGUAGAAGCGCGAUACCCAAUCGCAUAGGCCAGACAUCCCGAAGAACAUACGCAGCCGAAGCACCACCGCAUCCCCCCAGCUCGCCGCCAAACCCAAACUCAGCACCGCCGCCAAAAGAGCCAUCGCGGGUAGGCGCAUACUACGGCACCUUCGGCUCGCCCCUCCUAAAAUGCUUCCUCGGCGCCCUCUUCACAUACCAACUCACCUACUACCUGUGGUACAAACUCGAAACCAUCGAAGAGACACACGACACAAAAGCCGAGAUACGCGAUUUGCAAGAGGAGCUGCGGCAGGCGAUUGAGAAACAGCGGUGGAUGGCGCAGCAGAAGUGGGGACAGGCUACGGAGGCGAUGGAGAGGGAGAGGGAGGAGUUUGGGCAGGCGGUUGAUGCGGUUGUGGAGGAGGUUAGGGAGGGGGCUGAUGAGGUGGGGAAGGGGACGAGGGCUGUGGGGAGAGUUGCUAGAGGGGGUUGGUGGCCUUGGUGA